AUGCAGGUGCACGAGGCUCGACAAAAUGUGCCCACUGGAUAUACUGCUACCGGACCUGCUUCGUCGGACACUGUCCUGAGCCUACGCGUCGCCCUCGUACAGAACAACAUCGCAGGACUUAUUGAUGCAUUAUACGAUGUCAGCAGCCCGUCGAGUCCCAACUAUGGAAAAUGGCUCAGUAAAACUGAAGUCGAGGCAUACGUAGCCCCGAAGCAAGACAGCGUUGCGGCUGUCAAUUCCUGGCUUAGCGCGUACGGUUUGAAUGCGACUGCACUCUCCCCCGCAGGCGACUGGCUCGGCAUUGAACUUCCAGUCAGCAAAGCGAAUAACAUGCUAGCUGCUAACUUCUCUGUUUUCUCAUCCACGGUCACCGGCUCGACCACUGUUCGGACACUCUCGUAUUCUGUCCCAUCCGAUCUGGUUGAUCAUAUUGACCUCAUACAUCCGACAAUCAUUUUCCCAGAUCCAAACGGGGCGAAGCGCCCCGUCAUCCGUGUUGCUGACAGGACGGCCUCGAAGACAUUUGAUGAUUCCUCGCCAUGCGCGUCAGUGACGGAGAGCGGCUCGAUGACCCCCGCAUGCCUUCAACAUCUAUAUGGCAUUCCUGCUACUCCUGCAACAGUCUCAUCCAACGGCAUAGCAGUCACUGAAUAUGAGGAGCAGUAUGCCCAAGGCGCUGACUUGCACUCAUUCCUACAACAAUUCCGUCCGGACGUGAACCCUGACACAAACUACACUGUCAUCAGCAUAGACGGGGGUGAGAAUCCUCAGGAUCCCAAUGACGCUGGUGUUGAAGCUGAUUUAGACCUCCAGUAUACUGCAGGACUGGCAACAGGUGUCCCUGCCACGGUCACUAUAGAUGGGGAAGAUGACUUCUUGACAGGGCUCCUGAACACUGGUUUCUCUCUCCUUGGGCUAGAGUCUCCUCCGCAAGUGGUGUCUACUAGCUGGGGUGGGGACGAGAACGAAUUCUCGCCCUCAUAUGCAACCAACCUGUGCAAUGUGUAUGCGCAGUUGGGUGCUCGUGGCGUCUCGAUGAUAUUUUCCUCGGGCGAUGGAGGUGUUUCUGGAAACCAAUUUGAAGAUUACUGCACAAUCUUUAACCCAACAUUUCCAUCAACGUGCCCACAUAUCACGACAGUAGGUGCGACGUACCUCAUCCCCGAAGUUGCAGCCGACUUCUCAGGCGGUGGUUUCUCCAAUUAUUUCCCGCGACCCGACUACCAAUCCGAGGUCGUCUCGGCCUACUUGGCACUUCUCGGGAAUAAUGACACGGGGCUGUACAAUGCGUCUGGUCGUGCAUACCCGGAUGUCUCCGCCUAUGGAGUGAACUGUUCGGUAGUCAUUGGCGGUGUCACUCAGGUAGUCAGUGGUACAAGCUGUUCGGCUCCGAUCUUCGCAAGCACCAUUGCUAUUCUCAACGACCGACUGCUUGCCGCUGGAAAGCCUACCCUUGGCUUCCUCAAUCCGUGGUUGUACUCUGGAGCUGGAGCCGCGGCGUUCACGGACAUCGUGUCAGGAAACAACACCUCUUGCGGCGACGACGAUAACCUGGGUUUCUUUGCAACAAAAGGAUGGGAUCCAGUCACCGGCUUCGGUACGCCGAAGUUCGCCAGUCUUCUUUCGGCAGUGGGUCUAUAG